AAUGCAAUCCUUCAAGGCAGAUGAACUGCCGGAGAAUCCGCGCGAAUCUUCAAAUCCUUUAUCGUCGUUAAUGUUUUGUUUUACAAUGCCGACAUUUUUCAAGGGACGGAAAAAGGUGUUAGAUGAAUCAGAUCUUUUUCGUGCCCUCAAAGAACAUAAAUCUGAUCUCAUGGGCCACAAGCUGAGUCAGGCAUGGGAGGAAGAAUUGGCGAAGAGUCGUCGCAAAGGCAAAGAACCCAGUUUGGUUAAGGCCACAAUAAAGGUCUUUGGCUUGCAUUAUAUGCUGCUGGGUGUGCUGAUGUUUUUGUUUGAAAUAUUUCUGAGAUGUUCUCAGCCAUUAUUUUUGGGUGCCCUGGUGUCAUAUUAUGCUGAUCCCGACACAGAUAAAUCCGAUCAAACCCAACCGUUUCUGUAUGCCUUGGGUGUUAUUUUGGCCAGUAUUGGUAGUGUGGUAUUUAUGCAUCCCACCAUGUUGGGCAUCGUCCAUUCGGGUAUGAAAGUUCGUGUGGCCAUUUGUAGUAUGAUUUAUCGUAAGGCAUUGCGACUAAGUAAAACUGCCAUGGUUAAUACAACCUCCGGUCAAAUGGUCAAUUUAAUAUCAAAUGAUGUGGGACGAUUGGAUACCUCCGUUAUACAUAUGCAUUUUAUAUGGAUUGGCCCUUUGGAAAUAAUUUUGGUUACAUUUUUCAUAUAUAAGGAGAUUGGUCUAAGUGCCCUGAUUGGUGUCAUUGUAAUGUUACUCUUUGUGCCCAUUCAAGGCUACAUGGGCAAAAAGACCUCCAUGUUACGUCUUCGCACCGCCCUCUGCACAGAUGAACGAGUACGCCUUAUGAACGAAAUCAUAUCCGGCAUACAGGUCAUUAAAAUGUAUGCCUGGGAAAUACCAUUCGGUAAAAUGGUCGAUUAUGCUCGACGCAAGGAAAUGAAAGCCAUUCGCUAUGUGAAUUACAUUCGUGGCAUUAUUGGGUCCUUCAUUAUGUUCAUCUCGAGAAUUUCCAUCUUUAGCAGUCUGGUGGGUUAUGUGCUGCUGGGAAAUUUUCUUACCGCCGAAAAGGCUUUUGUGGUCACCGCAUUUUAUGGUCUUCUCAGAGUUACAAUGACGGUCUAUUUCCCCAUGGCAGUGACUCAGAUUGCCGAAAUUAUGGUCUCAUUUCGUAGAAUACAAAAAUUUAUGCUGCUGGAUGAAGUGAAGAUGUCGGAAAACCCUGCAGCCAAGGCGAAAAUGAUUCCGGCCAUUGUUAGUGAAAAUGGUAAAAUUGUGGAAGUGAGAGCGGAACCCACGAAGGAGCCGGGUAUUUUGAUCAACAAUUUAACUGCCAAAUGGAAUCCCGAGGCAUCGGAAAAUAAUCUGGAAAAUGUUACACUGGAAUUUAAAGAGAAACAAUUGAUAGCGGUAAUUGGACCCGUGGGAGCGGGUAAAUCGACUUUAAUACAAACCAUUCUUGGCGAAUUACAACCCUCCUCCGGAUCCAUUAACGUGAACGGAACAGUGUCCUACGCCUCACAAGAACCUUGGCUUUUCACCGGUACCGUUCGUCAAAAUAUUCUCUUCGGUUUGCCAAUGGAUAAGAAACGUUACAAUUUAACUGUAAAACGAUGUGCCUUAGAAAGAGAUUUCGAACUAUUACCCUAUGGCGAUAAGACGAUCGUUGGAGAACGUGGUGCCUCAUUGUCGGGCGGACAAAAGGCACGCAUCAAUUUAGCCCGAGCCGUAUAUCGUCAAGCAGACAUAUAUCUCCUAGAUGAUCCCCUCUCUGCUGUGGAUACUCAUGUUGGGCGCCAUCUAUUCGAUCAGUGUAUGCGUCAAUAUCUGCGGGAUCGUACCGUUAUUUUGGUCACCCAUCAGCUACAAUUUUUGGAACAGGCUGAUGUUAUUGUCAUCUUGGAUAAGGGCCAGGUGAAGGCAGUUGGUACUUAUCAGUCUAUGCGUCAAAGUGGUUUCGAUUAUGCCAAAUUGCUAUUGAAUAAUGGUGAGGGAGAUGAGGAUGCGGAGAAUGAGGAACCAACAGAUGGUAAAACUGAUGAUGAACGUGAGGCACAAAAAUUGGCACGUCAAAAUAGUAAACAAAGGAAAAGGCAAAUAAGUGUCAGCUCAGUGGCAUCUACAGUGGAUUCGGUAGAAGAAGUGGAACCCAAACAAAUGGAGGAGGCAAGGGAGGAGGGUGAAAUCGGUUGGAAAUUGUAUAAGAAAUAUUUUGGUGCCGGUGGCAGUUAUCCCACAUUGGCCUUAAUGGUUUUACUAUGUCUUGGAGCUCAGGCAUUGGGUUCGGCGGGUGAUUGGUUUUUGUCAUAUUGGGUCAACAAAAAUGAAAAUAAAUUACCCGAUUUACCUGCAGGCGCCGAAGUCGAAACUGACCCCGUGGAUAUUUAUAUUUUCACCGCUCUCAAUGUGGGCAUUAUCGUUGUGUCCCUACUGCGCAGUUUUAUGUUUUUCAAUGUGGCCUCGAAUGCAUCGACCCGUCUGCAUAACGACAUGUUUGUCGGUGUCACCCGUGCCACAAUGUAUUUCUUCAACACUAAUCCAUCAGGUCGUAUUUUGAAUCGUUUCUCCAAAGAUAUGGGUCAAGUCGAUGAAAUUCUGCCACAGGUUAUGAUUGAUGUUAUACAAAUUUUCUUAGCCAUGAUGGGUAUUGUUAUUGUCCUGUGUGUGGUUAAUCCUUGGUAUAUUUUGGCCACGGUUAUCCUGUUUGCGAUUUUCUACUUUUUGCGUUCGUUCUAUUUGAAAACGUCGCGGGAUGUUAAACGAUUGGAGGCUAUAACUCGUUCCCCCAUCUAUACCCAUUUAGGAGCCUCAUUAAAUGGCCUUGCCACCAUCCGUGCCUUUGAAGCCCAAGAAAUUCUCAUUCACGAAUUCGAUAACUAUCAAGAUCUGCACAGUUCCGGUUUCUAUAUGUUCCUGUCGACCAGCCGUGCCUUCGGCUAUUGGCUAGAUUGUUGUUGUGUCCUAUACCUGGCAGUUAUUACCCUCAGCUUCCUACUCUUCUCCCCGGAAAAUGGUGGUGAUGUUGGCUUGGCCAUUACCCAAGCCAUGGGUCUGACUAGUAUGGUCCAAUGGGGUAUGAAACAAUCGGCCGAAAUGGAAAAUACCAUGACAUCGGUGGAACGUGUUGCCGAAUAUGAAACUAUUGAAUCGGAGGGUGAUCUCGAAUCUGAACCUAGCAAGAAACCACCAAAAUCAUGGCCCGAAGAGGGCAAAAUUGCCUUUGAUAAUUUAAGUUUACGAUAUGCUCCCGAUCCGAAAUCGGAAUAUGUUUUGAAAUCGUUGAAUUUCAUUAUUCAACCAUUUGAAAAAGUUGGUAUUGUGGGUCGUACCGGAGCUGGCAAAUCGUCGUUGAUUAAUGCUCUCUUCCGUUUGUCGUUCAAUGAUGGUGCUGUUGUAAUUGACAGAAGGGAUACUCAGGAUAUGGGUCUGCAUGAUUUGCGAUCGAAAAUAUCGAUUAUACCUCAGGAACCUGUGCUGUUUUCGGGUACUAUGCGUUAUAAUUUGGAUCCAUUCGAUGAAUACUCAGAUGCCAAGUUGUGGGAGGCAUUGGGGGAGGUAAAACUCAAAGAUGUUGUGGCCGAAAUGCCCAAUGGUCUGCAUGCCAAAAUCUCCGAGGGUGGUACCAAUUUUAGUGUGGGCCAACGACAAUUGGUUUGUCUGGCUCGUGCAAUUCUACGAGAAAAUCGCAUAUUGGUUAUGGAUGAAGCCACCGCCAAUGUAGAUCCCCAAACGGAUGCCUUGAUUCAAACAACUAUUCGCCAUAAAUUCCAAGAUUGUACGGUACUCACUAUUGCCCAUCGUCUACACACCGUUAUGGAUUCCGAUAAGGUCUUGGUUAUGGAUGCUGGUCGUGCUGUUGAAUUUGGCUCACCCUAUGAACUGCUUACCCAAUCAAAGGUUGGCAUCUUCCUUGGAAUGGUUAAGCAGACCGGCCAGGCCACCUUUGAGAAUUUAUUCAAAGUUGCCCAAAAGGCGCAUGAGAAUAAUUUGCAUGCCAAAAAGGAGCAGUAG